UGCAGCUGUUGUUCAACCAAGGAGUACCACGGCGUCUACUACGUGAAAUAUUUCCCGUCUGAGGGAGAGAAAGGUCUCCAAAGCUAAGUUAUUUGGUGGGAAUACUCUUAAGCGAUAGAUGAAUUCGACAGCUUCAACGAUGCAACCUCUUUUCCGAUAACCAGCCAUAGUUUUCAGGCCACGAGCCAGCGUGAAAUACGAAAGUUAUUUUUCGCAUGCGCAGGAGAAAUAAUACCGUCAUGAAUAAGAUAAAGUUAACGCUUCGUAAACGGGAAAGAUUUCGAUGUGUCAUAAUGCCGGUGACAACCUUCAGACUCGCUGGAUCGAACAGUAACACCAAGGCUGUGCCAGGUAAACUUAAACGAUUGUUUUUGUAGCUCGAAACUUUUAACUUGCGAGACUUUGUGUGUGUUGGUUGUUUUCAAUUCUAGACCAGUUGGCAUUCAUAAUUAAAAGCCUCACGCAUGAUUGAAAUUCAAUAUGUAUUAUGUCAAAGAACUGAAAUAUUUUCGUCGCUCGAGUUAUGUAUCGCAGCAAGAGACAUUACUGUAAAAUUGUACUUUGAAGAUAAAUGUGUUUUUCUCAUUUAAUCUGGUUUUAAUAAUUCGAUUGCUACUUUUUCAGGUUACCUAAAGGAGUUGAGCAGUAGUGGGGUUUAGGGAACGCUUCACUGAUUAUGUCUCGGCGGGGCUGUUGCGGUUUGUUUACUAAAGCGACAACAUCUGAAUUGUGAGUUCGUAAUUAUUACAUUUAUGGCUUAUUUCAAUAAGUAAUCAUCGCAGAGAAAUUUCAGCUCAUUUUAAUCCGUGCAAAUAUAUAUUUCUUGAAGACGUAACUAAAAGUAGCGCUUACUUUUUAGGACAAUUAUCGCGCGUUUGAAGAAAAUUUGCGGUAAUCUAGCCUGUCUAUUUCGUCACGUGUUGUUAUUGACCUGCUUCCGAAUGUAAGUAUUGGCCAAUCAGAGCGCACUCUCGUCCGAUGAUUAUUGUGACGUUUUCGGUGCGAUCACAAGGGAGUCUGGGAAGUUUCUUGGAUGUGUACUUCGAGUAGUCUGACGAUCGGUGUAGGAAUUGGAAUUUCUUAGGAAGACUUUAAACGCUGCACAAUCAGCUGGGUUUCACAAAAUCGAAGUUUUUUUAUGGUACAGUCAACGAAAAUGACCUCUGGCACCAUGAAAGGUAGAAAUUUUUGGGAUUUGUGGCUUCGUUUUAACGCAUGCAGUACUGUUACGUUAGAAGGCACAUCGAACGUUCGAUUGUGACUCAAACGUUUGCUCUGCAAGCUUUGAAAACGCCUGGUAUUUGAAAUGUCUUAUUUACUCUACGGCUUCUUUUCUCUUUCAACAGUUUCAAGGAAGUUGCCUCCGCCAGAGCAAGACGGUAGAACAGUGAGUAGCGUUGUUUGGUUUCUUGAGUUCGAACGCUUCAUUUUUACGUCGAUCCAUUGUUGUUCACUUCAAACAGAAGCGCGACUUCUCGUUGCUUGAAUUUCAAAGCCCUCUGUUUCAAUAUUCCUGCAAAGAUUUCUUGUCGAUUGAUCUAGUUUCAAAUUUACAUUUGUAGAUUGUUCCGCAAACGAAGAAACGGAGAACGCUUGAAGAUUUCAACACAUUUUGUAGCCUAAUCCUCGCAUACGAAGGAAAGCAAGAGGUGAGAUAGAAUAGAGCUUAUCAUGCAAUGUGCCUCUUACAAGUUCGGUCCAUACAUCCAGGUCAUUCCUCUUUUAAACGACAAAAACUGCCUACUAGUAACGUCUUCGUCGAACCAGUCGCUUUUCAUCGUAUUUUUCUUUGUGUCGGCCCACUAAAAUUCUUGUCGGCUUCAUGACACAUACGUUGUUCAACGUGUUCUCUGAAUAAAUUUGUUGCCUGACUUCUUCAUGUUGUUGUGUUUUCAGGACGUUCGUCAGCGCAAUAGAAGUCCAAAUUCGCUAGAGAGCGUGUCGUCGAGUACUGAUUCGGCUUACAGUGAAACAGCUUCUUCACCGGCUAGUUCAAGUGGGGAUGAAAGAUUACUCGACGAUGUUGAUGAGGAAUACAGCUCUGGUGGGUACAAGUACAGUUACUAUGAAAUUGCAACUCAUUUAUCGUCACUCAAUUUCUCCUGAAAAUGGAAUUCUGGAAGUUUCUAUUCUUAAGUGCGUUUUCUUUGAUUUCUGGCUUUUUUUUUAACGAAGGCGUGCAGAGGUCGUCAAAAUGAUGUCUUUCUUUUAUUAUUCGCAGAUGACGAGUCGUGGAACAAAAUCACAUGUUACUGCCAAAAACCUUUCGCAGGUAAGCACUGUUUUUGCUUUAGUUCAGAUACUUGUCCCUGAGUAGUCGUUCCUUUUAGUCUUUUAUUACUCCAGUGUAAUACGUGACACAGACAGAACGGAACUUCAUAACAUUUGAAACCUCGUCGGUACAACAAACCAUCGAUUCAUUUAGCUUACAUGUUAUUCAUUCGCUGGUUUUCGUCAUGCAAAUACUUCACGUACUCUUUAAAUUCUGCCUGAUGCAUGUCUGAGCUUCUGGAAACGGUAUUUCCUCUUUUUAUCUUGCCAACGAAACAGUAAUUACUGUGAAAUCAGUUCGAGUAGCGAACGGUGGGAGGAAAAUUAUGUAUGUUGAGCUAACAGAGACAGUUUUCUGAACCUGUAUGUGAAAUCCGGAGUACCUCACGCUGCAAUCUUCGCUGAGAUAAAGGCUAACUGAGUAAUAAGCUUCAAAUGAUAGUAGUGUCCUUCGUUUUCUUCACUAUUUGUGUAUGUAUAUUCCUGUGAUCGAUGAGCGCGAGAGAGAAUUGUCUAGUCUAGCAAUACGGUCUGUUAAUGCCAUUCACACCCAACCAUAGACUACCCGACUUCUCUAUACUUUUAUUGAUAGCGAACCAAAUGUAGGUUUUCUGUUUAUUUUCUUUACGAUGAACGGUGAAGUUUUUCCAAAGCUUAACUAGUAUCUUCGAUGUUUUGUGUCACUCAUCUUUCACCAGUCGCGUAAUGUUUCUCAGUUUCAUGGCCGAGUUUUUCACUUCAAGUCGAUUCAAGAGCACUUCUGAGUAGAGUUUUCUUUUAAAGUAUAGCUUUAAGUUACUCAAGUUUAUUUCAAAAUCUGUACCUUGCGGAUUUUCGAUGAUGUCUAUGAAAAGUGUUUUGUCGUAUGGACUCUUUAAAAGCAUCGUUUCAUCGUUAUGAAUGUAAAUUGUUGUUCAUUUUUAAGCUGGUCAUACAUGAACGACGAAUUGUUGACUUAAUUCGUUUCGUUGCUUUUCAGGACGACCCAUGAUCGAAUGUUCCGAGUGUCUAACGUGGAUUCACUUGUCGUGUGCAAAGAUACGAAAAUCGAACGUUCCCGACGUGUUCAUCUGCCAGAAAUGUCGAGACGCUAAACACACGAUGCGACGUUCGAAUCGAGUGCGAACUCAGCCGAAGACGAAAGCAAUUAACCUAAAAUCAUAGUCAGUGUUUCUUUGUAGAAUACUUUGGCACACCAAUCACUUCUAUCUAGUUCUUAGCCAGUCAUCGCUUUCAUUAUGAAAAUUUGUAAUUACUGAGGCACCGAAUAAUGGUGAAAUGUGGAUGAAGUGCGAGUGACAGGCAUCGUGAAUGAAUACUGCUGUUCGAUUGUUUGUCGUUAGAAGAGCGAAAAAGUUGGCUCGGGUGAGGUAGAGUUUCACGUGUAAAUUUCUUAGCAAUUUCAAACCAAACCCAGUUUUUCACGAGACCUUGUACAGGAGCGCUUAAAAGAUGUCAUAUAAGAGUAUAUAUUUUAUGAAAUACUACAACUACAUGUACAUUACAUGCACGCGCGCGAUCGAUUGCUACCGAGACUGUUCGUAUGAUGUUUGUAUGUCCUUCAUUGGACUGCGUCGUUACGGUUUGUAUAAAAGAAUACUAACGAAU